AUGGGCUUGCGGUACUGCGGCUGGCAAUCUACUUCGAUAGUGCUGCUCCUGUUUUGCUGGGGAGCUAGGGGAGAACACGACUCUUGUCGAUUCUACCUGGAAGAAAUGACUGGGAGAAAGUUUGGCCUUUGCCAUUACGGGUUGAACGUGGAAGGGUCCGGGAGAGGAAUCCGAAUAGACUUCUUGGAAGACUCAAGACAUCUCUUGUCCAAGACGACGAUUGAGCAUGCAGAGGUUCAUUGCAGCAUAGAGAUGAAAGGGAACUCUUCCUUCCCUCAUCAUCAGCUCCCUGCACACUGGGUGUUGUCGUACCAGCCAGCACCCAGUACAACCUUGGAGGAGGUGUACAUCCCGGUGUACGUUGACUUGAUGCACAAGAAAGAGUCUUGUGUGUCGGAUGUUCACUUGGGCUACGAUAAGAUCUUGAGUACGUGGGUAGGAGAUGCCAUGAAGGGAUCAGAGCGUCAUGGCAGAGCUCUGACCCUCUCUCCCCUUGGCCAGUUCGGAAGUCAGCCAGGUAGCAAGGAGUUUGAAGCUCAUUGCGACCUGGAGGUGCUGCUGGGGAACGAUGCUACAGGUGACCCGAUGCCUCUGACGUGCUGGUUUGUGACUUGA